GUGCGAGCGUCGUAGCGCGUAGACGUUGACACGUAGGCGGGACUCGUAGUUGAUUUCGUAGCGCUUCGAACGCACGUGGUGUUAGUAAAAACUGAUUAAAUAUGUAUGGUAUAUAGACUAAGAGAAAAUCUGCAUUACAUACUUUUAAAUUGGCUAACGAUCGGAUCUUAAAACAUGAAGACGUCAACCGCACUCAUCUUGUUGCUACACUUAUCUCUGAACACAGUUGAUGAAGGAUUUGCUAUAAAUCCGAGUUGUUCCUGUAUUCGCUUCACGUCACCCCAAGGCAAGGAGCGCGGCACCUUCAGCAGUCCAGACUACCCUCGCCCCUACCCACGUGCCCUCUGCCUUCUCUACACAUUCAUCGCCCAGCCGCAUCAAAUCGUUGAGCUUGUCUUCACGGACUUCGACGUCUUUAAGGAACACCUUGAUUGCACCCAUGGAGACUAUCUGAAGGUAUACUCUGAAGUCGACAUCCACGGCCCGGGUCCCCCUGGAAUCCCGGGAGUCAAUGAGUACUCUAAAUGGUCAAGAGUGCUUUGUGGUAAUAGGAAUGAUGCACCACCAGCAUUGUACUCCCAUGGAUCAGCAUUAGUCCUCGAACUAAAUAGUGGUGAAAAGGAAACCAAUGCUACUGGCUUUAUCGGAACUUACAAAUUUAUUGAUAGACGUAAUUUCGAGACGAACGGAGUUUUGGUAGCCGAUUCGGAAUGCGACUAUGUGUUCAAUUCGCAUUUGAACAAACCAAGCCAGGGCAAAUUUUAUAGCCCGAGGUAUCCUUCCAGUUACCAUCGCAACGCGCAAUGCUAUUAUCAUUUCAAUGCAAGAAAGCACGAACGAGUGAAAUUAGUUUUUGAAGAAUCGUUUCUACAAAAAGGCGACGAGAGUUGCCUCAACCGCGCUGAUACAAUUAAAGUUUUUGAUGGGAAAGUUUCCAGCGCGCCGGUCAUUGCAAUGCUGUGCAAUGAAAUUGUAGGGUAUGAAAUUUUAUCAACAGGACCUGAUUUACUUGUGGAGUUUAUAGCCAAAUCAAAAACACCUGGACAAGGCUUCAAAGCGAGAUAUCAGUUUCAACCUAACGAAAACGCUAUUGAAGAUGCUGAUAAAAAAGUAAACCAAGGAACUUCAGUAGGACCUGCAGUAAGUGCCACAACGUCUUCAUGUGAUCAAGAAUUUAGAUCGGACAAAAGUACAAGUGGCAAAUUGACUUCACCUUUACAUCCAGCGCCGUACCCUCCGAAAACGCACUGUCAUUAUGACUUUUUAGCGAGAGGGCGCCAGAGGGUUAGACUUGUGUUUGAAGACUUCAGCUUACAGAGGGUCACGGGGACUAUUAUUGAUUGCGAGAGCAUGGAUUCGCUAGACGUGUUUCUGUACGUCGAUGGGAGAUUAGAGAAAAUGGCGUCGUUCUGUGGCAGCGACGUUCCGAAGGCAAUAAUGUCGAAUGGACCAAAAUUAGCAAUAGAGUUCAGGGGUGUUUACUCAUCACGAUACAGCAGGGGUUUCAAGAUUUCAUAUUAUUUCGUUGAAGAUUACGGCAUCACGGCCGGGAAGCAACUAUUGGAAUAUCCAUGUGCCUUCGUGUAUAAUAGCAGUGCGUGGGGGCGGGGGGUUGUGACGUCACCGAACCAUCCGGGCCUCUACCCGCGGGACACUGAGUGUAAUUAUUUCUUCUAUGGAACAAAUGAUCAGAAGGUGCAUCUUCACUUCACACAUUUUGACGUGGAAGGCGUUCACCCAUGUGAGGUUGUAUCAGCCAGCGACUAUGUGCAAUUCUCAAACGAGGUUAACUCACGUGGUACACGACACUGUGGUCAAUUAAAGGACCUUAAAGUGACAUCUAAGAGAAACUUCUUCAGGAUCACGUUCAGGUCAAACGACCGUCUCGACGGCACUGGGUUCAAAGCGAAUUAUAUUUUUCUUAAGGACACUGAACUGAAUACGGUUAACAUGCCCUCUAUCGGUGGAUGUGAUGCAGUUCUUCACACAACAAUGAUCACCGUGUUGUUAAUGAUUAUAGAAUUGAUGAUGGCUCUCAGAUAAAUACAACGAUUCAUGCAGAGGUUUAUAGAAAUAAAUUAUUACUGUUGAUA